UUCACUGCUGAGCCAAACCCUGACGACGUAUUUGCAUUUCCAGAUCCUGACCUACUUUUACUGCACUGUCAUCGAGCUUGCAUAAGUGUUGGGAUUCACUACAUAAGCUCAAAGGUUGCUCCUAUUUCAUAUAUACAGUGUUGAUAUUGAGUGAACCUUAGAAUCAAACCAACAGAAGACAGAACACCGUCAAAAGCUUGCGGGUACAGCUUGACUUUGAUCAACAUGUUGACCGUAAGAUUUGCCGCUUUCUUCACAUGCAUUGGGGUGAUCUAUGGCCAUAGCGGGUACAGGGACAUGAUACCCAAUGGCUACACCCUGCCCAACCCUUGUGUGACCGGGGAGCUGUGGCAUGGGGUGGGGCAUCUGAAUCCCGGGGGUGGAGGUGACACAAAUCAUUUCGGCAUUGAUUUUGCAAACCAGGGCAGAAUGUGGGCUAAUGUGUGUAACAUGGACUCUGAUGGUGAUGGGAUGACCAAUGGUCAAGAGCUGGGUGACCCACAGUGCAUGUGGACAAGAGGAGCCACGCCCGCAAGGACAACUGGACUCACACACCCAGGUUUUUGUGAUACCUCUUCAAGUCAGACGUGUGCUGGACUCAUCACAGCUCCGUGUACAAGUUCUAAAUUCAACUGUACAGCAACUACAGAAACAGGAGUCCAAAAACAGAUUAUGAAGAUUCCACGAACAGCAGUACCUGACAAGGAAACCACUUAUGUGUGCAUGACCUUUGACCUGGACCAAUCACAGGAUUACCACCUGAUUGCCACAGAACCGGAAAUAGACAACGUUAACGUCGUGCACCAUAUCAUCCUUUAUGGAUGUGGUGAUAAUGCGCCUGUGAUCACAAGUCCACAAGAGUGCGGACAGUCUAUGCCUGCAUGCCAGGAAGGCAUUGGGUUCUGGACGGUUGGUAUGCCUGGUCAGUGUCUCCAUAAAGAAGCUGGCUUUAGAAUUGGCAAAACUGGCUACAACAGGGUUCUCCUUCAGUUUCACUGGAACAACCCUGAAAGAACAUCUGACAAGAUGGAUGGUUCUGGCCUUAGCAUCUACUACACGUCCAACCUUCGCCCCAACGACGCGGGACUGUUUUGGACAGGAGAAACCAACCUUGUUAUCCCGCCUGGACGGAGCAGGACCGUGGUCGAAUCCAUGUGUCCUUCACGGUGCACCAACAAGAUCCUGAGCGACACCAUAUAUAUCAUAGGGGGAUUCAACCAUAUGCAUUACAGAGGUGUAGCACAGACGGUGGAACUCUUUAGCGGAGGCGAGAGGCGGUAUCUCACUAAUCAACUGAACUACAGCUACGACAACCCCAAAAGCAUGACAUAUGAUCCGCCAGUGGCUAUUCGCCGCGGUGAUUCCUUGAAGACGACUUGUGUAUACCAAUCUCUGUCUGCUACAAAGACCACCUUCUACGGUUUUUCCAUAAGUAACGAGAUGUGUUAUGGCACCUUCACGUACUACCCCAAAAGGGCCAGCAGCAAUAGCAAUUGUGUUACUUGGAAGACUAUCAACAACUGUGACGUAGAAGGGGGAGCAAUCAUGGGUUGUAGGAUUGCCGAGUUCUUCAACAACUCACACCCUAACACUAAAAUGGUUAUGGACAAGGUGUUGGACAACUGUAAUCCCUUCGGUGGAUGUCGCCAGGAAUGUCCUGCAGCUAUUGCUGAGGCCGAGAAGCAUCCUUGCCUUGUCAAGGGUGUAAUACAAGACUAUCUGUUGACCUUGAGGUCCCGAAACCCAGAUCUCAAAACAACCAAAUUUGUAGCUGCCUUUGGAUCUUGCUCAUGCAAGAAGGACGACGACAACGGUGGCUUCCCAACUCACACUGGUGGAACAGCAUCUGUUGACGCUCUUGUGUCAACGGUUGUCCUUGCAUUCUGCACAGUCUUACUUUUGUAGACAACUCCAUGUGUGUUUGUUUCCACCGUUGUAAACUGUAUCUGCAUAAUAUUUAUAUACGAAAGUCUGCUAGGUCCAUUUAGGGGCGUCGGGGUAGCCUCGUGGUUAAAGCGUUCGCUCGUCACGCCGAAGGCCCGGGUUCGACUCCCUUCAUUUGUACAAUGUGUGAAACCCAUUGCCCCCGCCGUGAUAUUGCUGUAAUAUUACUGAAAGCGGCCGAAAACCAUACUCACUCACUACUAGGCCCAUCAUGAUAUUACAUUGAAUUUGUAAGGGAUGUUCAGCAAAUUGGAUGAAAGAACAUGUACUAGUCAUAGUGUCUUGAAAAUAAAUUCAAUUUAAACAUU